CGUGACUAAAUUUUGUACCAAAUUACAUGAAAUUUCUACUGACACAUUUCAUAAUUGUCAUUCAAUACGUGCACAAGUGUUUGAAAACCUUAAAAUACAAGUGCAUUAAGAAAGUGAUGAAUUUCUUAUCAGGAAUCCUGCAAUACCUACCGGAGUCUCUCACCUCCAAAGUGGUGGGAAGGGAUGCCGUGUUCAGGUCGACCACCAAUAAGACCUUCGAGAACGAGGACAGCCUACCAUCCCUGCCGGUGCCGCCACUACGGUCUACUUUAGAUCACUACUUGGAGACCGUGCGCCCAGUGGUGACUGACGAGGAAUACAAGAUAACAGAGACCAUCUGCAGGAACUUCGAGAAUGAGGUGGGCGUUGAUCUCCAGAAAAUGCUUAUCAAACGCUCGGAACUGCACAAGAAUUGGUUGGAGCAGUGGUGGGAAGACGUGGCAUACCUUCAGGGAAGACUACCAUUGAUCCCCUUCUCAAACAUGACGGGCUCUCAACCAAACUUUGACUUCUGGCCCAUUAAGACGGGCACU